GCAAAAGUAAAGAAGCUGAGAUAAAGAGGAUAAAUAAAGAACUAGCAAACAUUCGGUCAAAAUUUAAAGGUGACAAGGCUCUGGAUGGUUACAGUAAGAAAAAAUAUGUCUGCAAACUGCUCUUCAUCUUUCUUCUGGGGCAUGACAUCGACUUCGGUCACAUGGAGGCUGUUAACCUGCUCAGUUCCAAUAGAUACACAGAGAAACAAAUUGGGUAUCUCUUCAUCUCCGUACUGGUGAACUCCAACAGUGAGCUGAUUCGCUUAAUAAAUAAUGCGAUCAAGAACGAUCUGGCCAGCCGCAACCCCACCUUCAUGGGCCUUGCUCUGCAUUGCAUUGCUAACGUGGGUAGCCGGGAGAUGGCGGAAGCGUUUGCUGGAGAAAUUCCAAAAAUACUUGUAGCUGGAGAUACUAUGGAUAGUGUUAAGCAGAGUGCUGCGUUGUGCUUGCUGCGCUUAUACAGAACGUCUCCUGACCUCGUCCCCAUGGGUGACUGGACAUCUAGAGUGGUGCAUCUCCUCAAUGACCAGCACUUGGGUGUGGUUACUGCAGCUACAAGUCUGAUCACCACUUUGGCACAGAAGAACCCAGAAGAGUUUAAAACUUCAGUCUCCUUGGCCGUGUCUAGAUUAAGCAGAAUUGUAACUUCUGCAUCAACAGACCUUCAGGACUAUACGUACUACUUUGUUCCUGCUCCAUGGUUAUCUGUGAAGCUUCUGAGGCUGCUGCAGUGCUAUCCACCUCCAGAAGACCCUGCGGUACGUGGUCGUCUAACAGAAUGCCUGGAAACUAUUCUUAACAAAGCGCAGGAGCCACCGAAGUCAAAAAAAGUACAACACUCAAAUGCGAAGAAUGCUGUGCUGUUUGAGGCAAUAAGCUUGAUCAUACAUCAUGACAGUGAGCCAAAUCUUCUAGUCCGUGCCUGUAACCAGCUAGGUCAGUUCUUGCAGCACCGAGAAACUAAUUUGCGUUACCUAGCACUGGAAAGCAUGUGCACGCUUGCCAGCUCUGAAUUCUCACAUGAGGCUGUGAAAACACACAUAGAAACAGUUAUCAAUGCAUUGAAGACUGAAAGAGAUGUAAGUGUAAGACAGAGAGCUGUAGAUCUCCUGUAUGCGAUGUGUGACCGAAGCAAUGCCCAACAGAUUGUGGCUGAAAUGCUGAAUUACUUGGAGACUGCUGAUUAUUCCAUUAGAGAAGAAAUUGUUCUGAAGGUUGCAAUUCUAGCUGAGAAAUACGCAGUGGAUUAUACCUGGUAUGUGGAUACAAUCCUGAAUCUGAUUCGCAUUGCUGGUGACUAUGUCAGUGAAGAAGUGUGGUAUCGAGUUAUUCAGAUUGUCAUCAACAGGGAUGACGUUCAAGGGUAUGCAGCAAAGACUGUCUUCGAGGCCCUUCAAGCUCCAGCAUGCCAUGAGAAUCUUGUGAAAGUAGGUGGCUACAUCUUGGGUGAAUUUGGAAAUCUGAUAGCAGGUGAUCCAAGAUCAAGUCCCCUCAUCCAGUUCAACUUGCUACAUUCCAAGUUUCAUCUGUGUAGUGUUCCUACCCGAGCUCUGCUUCUGUCUACCUACAUCAAGUUUGUGAACCUGUUUCCAGAAAUCAAAACUACAAUCCAAGAUGUAUUGCGCAGUGACAGUCAGCUAAAGAACGCUGAUGUAGAGCUGCAGCAGAGAGCUGUUGAGUACUUGAGGCUCAGUACUAUUGCCAGUACUGAUAUUUUGGCUACAGUGCUGGAAGAAAUGCCUCCCUUUCCCGAGAGGGAGUCUUCUAUUUUGGCUAAACUCAAGAAGAAGAAAGGCCCAGGCACAGUUACUGACCUGGAAGAGAUCAAAAAGGAGAGGAGCUCUGAUAUGAAUGGAAGUGCUGAACCUGCCUCUGUUAAUGCCAGUGCUUCAACUCCUUCUCCAUCUGCGGAUCUGCUGGGUCUGGGUGCUGCCCCUGUCACCAAUUCAGCUCCCCCACCGUCCUCUAGUGGUAGCCUGCUGGUGGAUGUAUUUUCAGAUACAGCUUCUGCAGUUGCACCUCUUGCUCCUGGUUCUGAUGAUAACUUUGCGAGCCCUGACCUGGCUUCAUCUGAGGUAGUUUCUGAGGAACCAGCUGAUACUGUGCAUGAUGCUGAUGAGCUUUUUCACAAGUUUGUGUGUAAAAAUAAUGGAGUCUUAUUUGAAAAUCAGUUGCUACAGAUUGGAUUGAAAUCUGAAUUUCGGCAGAACCUGGGACGUAUGUUCAUAUUCUAUGGUAAUAAGACUUCAACACAGUUCUUGAAUUUUACUCCAACAGUGAUCUGCUCAGAUGACUUACAAUCAAAUAUCAAUCUUCAGACAAAACCUGUUGACCCCACAGUGGAUGGAGGUGCACAGGUUCAACAGGUUGUGAACAUUGAAUGUGUGUCCGACUUCAUGGAAGCUCCAAUCCUGAACAUUCAAUUCAGGUAUGGUGGAACAUUUCAGAAUCUUUCAGUAAAAUUACCUAUCACACUGAACAAAUUUUUCCAGCCAACAGAGAUGUCUUCUCAAGACUUUUUUCAGCGGUGGAAGCAACUGAGCAAUCCGAAACAAGAAGUACAGAAUAUCUUUAAAGCAAAACACCCGAUGGAUGCAGAGAUCACAAAAGCAAAGAUAAUUGGCUUUGGAUCAGCCCUACUUGAGGAGGUAGAUCCCAAUCCUGCUAACUUUGUUGGUGCUGGCAUCAUACAUACAAAAACUACUCAGAUUGGAUGCUUGCUGCGCCUUGAACCCAACCUCCAGGCACAGAUGUAUAGGCUCACGCUACGAACAAGUAAAGAAGCUGUGUCUCAGAGAUUAUGUGAAUUGCUGUCAGAACAGUUUUAAUAUUAACCGUGUCAGUUUUGUUUUUUCCAUUUAUAUCACUGUCAUCAUACUGCAAAUAAAUGUCUUGUACAUCACUGUCUGAGUACUGCAAUGUUAACCAAUACCAGCUCCCUGCCUUAAUAGGACUUGACCCUUGUUUGAAAUUGAGACUAUGAAAUGUACAGUACAGGGAAGUGACUUUGACACUACAAAUGGCUUUCAGUGUGUUACGCAAAGCGUGGGAGGGCUGUUGGGUUCUUUCUGUUUGGUUGUUUUUUUG